AUGCCAGAUCAACGACUUUUGUCGUUGGUUCAAUGGUGUGGUCAAGUGACAGAUGGUCGUUGUGGAUACUGCCAGCCGAAGCGGGAAACGUCAAAUGGAAGUGACGAUUCAAGUACCAGUGGUGACGAACGUCAGGGCAAAUCGUGCUCCUUCGGCAUGCUCGCCCCGUGGUUCAACCCGUAUGACUAUCAAAUUUUGCUGGAUCGCGGGUGGCGCCGAUCGGGAACGUACUUGUACAAACCAACGAUGGAUACGACGUGUUGUCCCCAGUAUACGAUUAGAUUGGACGUGACAAAGUUCCGGCCGUCUCGCACCCAGAAACGGGUUCUUCGGGCUGCUGUUGACUUUCUCAAGAACGACAACAAGCCCAAGCGUUUUGUCAAGGAAGAGGGAGGCCAAGCUCGGUGUGCGGCGAGUUCAGCUUCGGAUGAGCCGAGCGCAAAAAGACCUCCAGCGGCUGUGAAGGAACGUACGGUAUCUGCGGAAGGGCCGAGAAAGAAGAAACUGAUCCGGCGCGAACGAGCCAUCAAACGAUGGCAGGAAAAGGGACUGGAUGUUGCCGCAGAGCAAGAAAAACGACGACAAAAAGAGAAAUCGCGUGAGAAGACUUUGGCCGACUUACUUCCAGAGUGGGAUGAAUCAUGGAAACACAGGCUCGAGGUGGAGACGGUCCUCGUUGGUUCUGAGGAAUAUCGGGCUCGCGAGCACGAAGCUUAUCAAGUUUACUUGAAAUACCAGACUACGAUCCACAAUGAUAAAAGGGCUUCAAAAAGUGGAUUCGACAAUUUCCUUGGUUCGACCCCAUUGAGGAAGGAGCUUAGAAACGGGAUCACCUACGGCAGCUUCCAUCAGCGCUAUAUCCUAGACGGAAAAAUUGUGGCCGUUGGUGCGAUCGACAUCCUUCCAUGGUGCUUUUCAAGCAAAUACCUUUUCUACGACCCGGAUUUCAAAUUCUUGACGAUUGGGACGUACACGGCUCUCAGAGAAAUCGACUACAUUCAGCGGACGCUAAGGACAAAAUCGGCGGAACUAAAAUACUACUACAUGGGAUAUUACAUCUACACCUGUCCUAAAAUGCGUUAUAAGGCCAAAUUUCAACCGUCAGAGCUAUUGUGCGAUGAGAGCUUCACCUGGAAACCGGUGUCAGAAUGCGAAAAGCUUUUGGCCGAGAAUGAGGGCCGCUUCACCACUUGGGCUGGCAACGCCCCGCCUGCCACCGGUCUCAACCCGGACGAAGUCCCUGUUUACUCGAGCAAUAUGGCAUAUGUCUGGCGUGUGCUUCGAGCGCAAAAGCCCGAGUUCGACACCCCCGAGGUGAAUGAGAAGGUCGCAAAAUGGGCGAAACUCGCCGGGCCGCUCGCCGACAACAUUUGCCUUUACCUAAACGAGCUGAAUAAUAGGGCCCGACAAGAGCCGGUAGAAGCAGAAAGUGAGGAAGAUGAUGAAGAAGAAGAAGAAGAAGAAGCG